UGCACUAAGAUUCAAAAUUGGAAUAUUCGUUAAGAAGUACAAAAUGGAAAUGCAAUAUUUUUCAAAUAUUCAAAAUGAAAGUUGUUCUGGAUUAGUUGAAAGCUCCGAUACUGAGAAGGAUAAAUUCGUUGCAGUGAAUCCAAAACUGAGUAAAAGUCGGGUAACAAGCAAGAAACUUCUGGUUUUCAAUGUAAUUUCUUCAGUGGUUUUUUCCAUAGCUCUGAUUUUUGCUUUUAUUCUGAUUUACCAAAUUCAAAGUGAAUUAAAACUUACUGAAGAGAAAUUGGAAAAUCUGUUCAACAAUUCCCGAAUAGAAGUAUUCAGCGACAACCAGAGAAAUUCAUUACAAAUCAAACAGGACUUGAAGACUCUGAUUAUGGGAAAUAUAAACGAGCAAAACAAAAACGCAUUAAAGCUUCAUGUCGAAUUAAAGACUAUGCAAGAAAAUUUUGAUAAGUUGAGCGAAGCUUACAAAACAGUUUUGAAAGAUACACAAACAGAAUCCUUGCAAAUUAAAAAGAGUUUGGAAAUGACAAGAGUCAAUGUGACAAGGCAAAUGAAAAGAAACAUUAACGAAAACUACAAACUGUUCAAAAAAGAUUUGAAAGUAACAAAGAAAACUUUGAGAGAACAAUUGAAUGUUUCACUUGCUAAACUUUCAGAAGAAACGCAAAAAAGGACGUUGAAGAGUGAGAAUGACCUAAAAAUGCUAAUGGAGAAUCUAACGAGAGAAAUAAAAAAUAACAUAUCACAAGAAAACAAUGAAAUGAUGAAAGUUUCUGAAGCCAAAUUAAAGGACCAUAUAAACAAAUCCAACGAGGAAAUAUUGAAAGAAACGCAACAAAGUUCAUUAAUGAUCAAGAGUGAUUUGGAAACGUUAGUUAUGACUGUGACUGGUCAACUAAAGAUUGAUGUGUUAGAAGAAACUAAGAAAUUGCUUCAAAGCGAACGGAAUCUGACAGAGGAGAAAUUCAAGAAACAAUUAAAUAUGUCUUAUGAGGAAAUGUUGCAAGUCGCAGAAGGCAGGACGUUGGAAAGUGAGACCGACCUGACAAUUUUAAUGGAGAAUCUAAUGGGAGAAAUGAAAAAGAACAUAUCACAAGAAAACAAUGAACUGAUGGAACUUGUCGAAGCCAAAUUUAAGGACCAGAUUAACAAAUCCAAUGAGGAAAUAUUGGAAGAAACGCAACGAGCUUCAUUAAACACCAAGAGUGUUUUUGAAACUUUAAUUAUGAAUGUGACUGGUCAAUUAAAGACCGAUGUAUUAGAAGAAAAUAAACUAUUGCUUGCUAGCGAGUUGAAUCUGACGAAUAAGCAAUUUAAGAAUUAG